CUAUACUAUGUAACAAUGGCGGCGUCUGCUAUUCCAGUUGUUGAUUUCCAGAAGUACGGACUGAAUGUAGCGGACCCUACGUCCGUGGCGAGUGAAGUUUUGGAGACUACGGCCAGGGAGAUAUAUGAUGUCUUCAGUACAAUUGGCUUUCUGUACCUGAUCAAUCAUGGCGUUGAGCAAAGGAAGGUGGAUGACAUGUUCACGGCGUCCAAGGCCUUCUUUGAUCAACCCGUGGAGGAGAAGAGGAAGUGUGCUCGAGUCCAGGGUAAAAAUUAUCAUGGCUAUGUUGCCUUAGAGAGCGAAACGUUGAAUCCCGAGCGACAGUCUGCAGACCUCAAGGAAGCGUUCAACUUUACACCAAAAGAUGAUGGGGCGUGGCCGGCGGAUGUUCCCCAAUUUAAGUCAACUUUCUUCUCUUUCUUUGACGAAUGCACACAGCUGACAGAGCGGGUCCUUGAUGUCCUGUCUAUCGGCCUCAAACUUGAGGAUCGCAACUUCCUUCGGGAGUGUCACAGUCUGAUAGGAAACAAGGGCAACAUCACCACGCUCAGAAGCCUCUACUACCCCCCUCUAGCCGGAACCGUGAAGCCAGGACAAGCUCGCUGUGGAGAACACUCUGACUAUGGCACAGUGACCCUGCUAUUCCAAGAUGACAUCGGGGGCUUAGAGGUGAUGAAUACCGACGACGUGUAUGUUCCGGCCCAGCCUGUCCCCGGCGCCAUCGUGGUCAACAUUGGUGACCUCAUGCAGCGAUGGACGGCAGACAAACUCAGAGCAGCAAAACACCGGGUCCUGAUUCCUGAAUCGGAACUAAAGAAACAUCAGACACGACAGUCGCUUGCGUUUUUUAUCAACCCAGACGAUGACACCAUCAUUAAAUGCCUGGAUGGUUCAGACAAAUAUGAACCCAUCUCAUGCCUGGAUUAUCUAAACUACAAGUUCUCUCAGAUUUAUUAGUUCUUAUCAGAGGCCAUUUAAGCGGAAGUUGAGAAAGUAAUUUGCAUGUUUUCGUAUAGAUAUUAGUACAAACACUGACAUCAUGUGCCCAUUAAUUCAGAUAGCCAUAUCUCUGUGUCUCUGACUCAAAUAAACAGUCUGUCUGUC